UAUUGCAUCAAUCGCAGAAAUAAUUAGUCCGGCAAUACCAUGCACCAGUAAUCAGCUUUGUUCUUGUCCAACUGAAGCAGAAGAGUCACUUCGGUGAUGGUAUGCUCUUUAUAAGACAGAAGACUGCUAGCUUGUCGUGCCAUUGUGUGAGAUUAGUUCGCACCUCCGUCAGGAUGGAGCGAGUUGUGGACAUGAAAUCGGCCGGUGAGGACAGCAGUGUGAAAACUGCGCUGGCGCACCUGCAGCGCGGAGACGUGGUGGCGUUUCCCACCGACACCAUCUACGGCGUGUCGUGCUUGGCGCAGAAUACCAGCGGCAUACGGCAGCUCUAUGCCAUCAAGCGGCGCGAUGCAAAGAAGCCUAUUGCCAUCUGCGUAGGAAACGUCAGCGAGAUAAACAAGUAUGCAGUGUGCGAUGGCCUGCCGCAGGGCUUGCUGGAUUCCCUGCUGCCCGGUGCCGUGACCGUGGUGUUGCAGCGCCGGCCCUGUCUCAACCCCGAGCUCAACCCGGAAGCGUCGCUCGUGGGCGUGCGCGUGCCCGACCACCCGCUCAGCAGGCACCUGGCGCAGGCCGCCAAUGAGCCGCUGGCUCUGACCAGUGCAAACAUCAGCUCCGAGCCGAGCUGUGUGCGCGCCGAGGAAUUCAGUCACUUGUGGCCGCAGCUCGGUGUUGUCCUAGACGGUGGUGUGAUCCAGCCAUCCAGCAGCAGCGGUGGUGGUGGUGAGGAGGAGCCCUCCAGGAAAGGCUCGACGGUGGUUGACUUGUCGGACACGGGCGUGUAUCGCAUCAUUCGACCUGGGUGUGCUCUGGAAUCCACGGAGCGUGUUCUUCACUCGUACGGCUGGAAGGAGAAGUAGGAGAUGAGCUACAAGCUGUCCUCUCCGUAUACCGGCAACCACUCAACAUCAUAUUGGCGGACGUCCGUUAGUCCGUGGGCAUAUGUGGGUCUACCGUGCUGUGCUGGUAAACUGCACUGACCUGCUGUACCAUGGUUGCAAGAGUCCAGAUUGUGAAAAAUUCUACUUGACACGCGAGUCGUAUUUGUGUCUGUUUAUUAGCCCAUGGGCUUAUAAACGGUGGUGGGCUUAUAUCUGAGUACAGGCCCGUGGGCUUAGAUGCGCGGAACUACGGUAUGCUGCUAAAUUAUUCUCUUUUCCUACUUUUCAAAAGACCACAGUCUUGUGACCGCCUGCUGAAAUGUAUGCUUACUUUUUGCUUAGUCUCUUUUCUAGCCAUUCACUGUCAGUGUCAUCCGCAUAUCCGCCUCAGUCUGUUCUGGUGCAGCCCUGCUUGUGCUGUGUUUUCAAAGUGUUUGCGCUACAAUUGUGGUGAUGUGACACCAUAGCUUGAUCAUAGAAUGUGUUUUCUGGAGCCCUGUCCGCAUUCUUCGAAAACACUGUUUACUUCCUAUCAGAAAGUUCAUCGCCGAGCGUAUGUGGCUCAGUACGCAGCGAGUCAUUACACCGUCGCUAUAGGAUGACACGAUUCUGCGGACGUUUUCCGUGUUUUCAAGAAAUUUUGCAUAAAGCCUGCGUGUAUGGCUCUUGUUCCAUGAGAAUGUAUAAGGAAAGUGUACAUGAUAGCGAGCAUAAAAUAGGAGCUUAUGACCUCUUCAUGAGAUAAUACAGCCACGCACUACAAAGUUGUA